AAACCAUGCGCACUACCCACUAUACUUUGAAGUUUUGAUAACGCUUCUUUUAAAUAAUCGAUUCACGAUUCAAGGAUCCUUUUCGUUCAAAAAAUAAAACAAAGAUAACUCCAUUGUUUAAAUGAAUUCAGAAGUUCUUAUUUAACCGGAAAUAAUGUAUAUUAUGUAGUGUGACAUUUAAAUAGUUAAAGAAAUCAUAGGAUUGCAAUCGCAUUGUUAAAUUUUUUUCUCAAAACGAUAGAUGCCCUGUGUGACAUUCCUUUAAACCUCCACGUAAGAAGGACACAAUUCAUGUGAGGUUUUAUAAGGCAUGGAAAUACCUUUAAACGACAGAGUGCCUGCGCGACAGCAGUCAAAGACAAUGGCUAAAAUAAGCAGCUUCCGGCAGUUCCUCGUACUGCUUUACAAAGGAGCUCUUCUACGUAAGCGACAUUAUAUCGUCACUUUUUUCGAAAUCGUCAUUCCUGUGUUCAUCGCAAGCAUAUUUCCAAUGAUAGAAUCCGAACAGAGAGCUGCGUAUCCAGAUAUCUUUACAGAGUUUGAUAGAUUCAAGAAAUCAGGAGACUGGGAAGAGGGCAGAACUUACAGUCCUUAUUCUCCUUUCGAAUUUCCUGGCUACUAUGACAUUUACUUCGUGUAUACUCCAGCAGACAAUGUGACGAAAGAUUUUGUGGAAAGAGCUGUAAGAAAAUACAAUGAAAGUACUCCUAAAUAUUAUUCACAGACACAGAAAUUGGUAACUCAAGGUGUUGAUAGCGAAGAAGAACUACAGAAAUAUUGCCUUAAUCUGCUACUUGGUAAAAACAGUGUGAAUAUUCUAGGAACAGUUUUCAACAGCUUUCAUCCAUCUCAAAAAGAAUUACCUUUAUCACUAGACUACAAAAUUAGAUAUGCGGAUUAUAAUAAUUGGAAUAGGUUUCAAACAUCAAAGAAGUACCGAGCUCUAGAUUAUAAUAGUCCACACGAAGAAAAUUAUAAAAGCACUACUUUCCUUACUUGGCAAGCAUCUGUUGAAGAAACUUUUAUCGAUUCAAAAAUGGAUCCAAAUAACCCGAUAGAUUAUAAGGUGAGGUUGCAAAGAUUUCCCUUUCCAGAUCACAGAAAAGCUUCAUCUGGCCCAGAUAUUGUUGCUUUUACACCUAUGCUUAUUAACUAUGGAUACUUUGUUUUUAUGUUAAAUCUGAUAAGAAGAGUCAUAGNAAAUACUUCCUAUUAUAUUUCCCAAUUGGUAUCCAAAUUUCCAGUAAGUUUGCAAGCUAAUUUUAAAAUUUCUCGGAUGGUGCCUUAUCGUAUUUCAGCAUUUCCAUUAUGA